CAGCGGCGGCCGCGCCGGGCAUGGAGCUGGCAAGCCCGCGCUGAGGCGGGACGCGCCUGCUGGCCGCGAGCGAGAGGCUCUCCGGCGUCCGGCGCGCGGGCUCCCGGCCGGGGCCGGGCAAACUUUUCUUUCUCUUUUGCCCUCGCCAGAGGCGCCUUCUGCGGCGGGCGGACCGACUCCUCGGCGCGGCGGGGCCGGGGCAAGCUGGACGCAGCAUGAUGCGCGCAGUGUGGGAGGCGCUGGUGGCGCUGGCGGCGGUGGCGUGCCUGGUGGGCGCGGUGCGCGGCGGGCCCGGGCUCAGCAUGUUCUCGGGCCAGGCGGCGCAGCCCGACCCCUGCUCGGACGAGAACGGCCACCCGCGCCGCUGCAUCCCCGACUUUGUCAACGCGGCCUUCGGCAAGGACGUGCGCGUGUCCAGCACCUGCGGCCGGCCCCCGGCGCGCUACUGCGUGGUGAGCGAGCGCGGCGAGGAGCGGCUGCGCUCCUGCCACCUCUGCAACGCGUCCGACCCCAAGAAGGCGCACCCGCCCGCCUUCCUCACGGAUCUCAACAACCCGCACAACCUGACGUGCUGGCAGUCCGAGAACUACCUGCAGUUCCCGCACAACGUCACGCUCACGCUGUCGCUCGGCAAGAAGUUCGAGGUGACCUACGUGAGCCUGCAGUUCUGUUCGCCGCGGCCCGAGUCCAUGGCCAUCUACAAGUCCAUGGACUACGGGCGCACGUGGGUGCCCUUCCAGUUCUACUCCACCCAGUGCCGCAAGAUGUACAACCGGCCGCACCGUGCGCCCAUCACCAAGCAGAACGAGCAGGAGGCCGUCUGCACCGACUCGCACACCGACAUGCGCCCGCUCUCGGGCGGCCUCAUCGCCUUCAGCACGCUGGACGGGCGGCCCUCCGCGCACGACUUCGACAAUUCGCCGGUGCUGCAGGACUGGGUCACGGCCACGGACAUCCGCGUGGCCUUCAGCCGCCUGCACACGUUCGGUGACGAGAACGAGGACGACUCGGAGCUGGCGCGCGACUCCUACUUCUAUGCCGUGUCCGACCUGCAGGUGGGCGGCCGCUGCAAGUGCAACGGCCACGCCGCCCGCUGCGUGCGCGACCGCGACGACAGCCUGGUGUGCGACUGCAGGCACAACACGGCCGGCCCGGAGUGCGACCGCUGCAAGCCGUUCCACUACGACCGGCCCUGGCAGCGCGCCACGGCCCGCGAAGCCAACGAGUGCGUGGCCUGUAACUGUAACCUGCACGCCCGGCGCUGCCGCUUCAACAUGGAGCUCUACAAGCUGUCGGGACGCAAGAGCGGGGGCGUCUGUCUGAACUGCCGCCACAACACGGCCGGCCGCCACUGCCACUACUGCAAGGAGGGCUACUACCGCGACAUGGGCAAGCCCAUCACCCACCGCAAGGCCUGCAAAGCCUGCGAUUGCCACCCCGUGGGCGCCGCCGGCAAGACCUGCAAUCAGACAACGGGCCAGUGCCCCUGCAAGGACGGCGUGACCGGCAUCACAUGCAACCGCUGUGCCAAGGGCUACCAGCAGAGCCGCUCUCCCAUUGCCCCCUGCAUAAAGAUCCCUGUGGCACCACCGACCACGGCCGCCAGCAGCGUGGAGGAGCCAGAAGACUGUGAUUCCUACUGCAAGGCCUCCAAAGGGAAGCUGAAGAUUAACAUGAAAAAGUACUGCAGGAAGGACUAUGCGGUCCAGAUCCACAUUCUGAAAGCGGACAAGGCAGGGGACUGGUGGAAGUUCACAGUGAACAUCAUCUCCGUGUACAAGCAGGGCACAAGCCGCAUCCGCCGUGGUGACCAGAGCCUGUGGAUCCGCUCACGGGACAUCGCCUGCAAGUGUCCCAAAAUCAAGCCCCUCAAGAAGUACCUGCUGCUGGGCAACGCGGAGGACUCGCCGGACCAGAGCGGCAUCGUGGCAGACAAAAGCAGCCUGGUGAUCCAGUGGCGGGACACGUGGGCGAGGCGGCUGCGCAAGUUCCAGCAGCGCGAGAAGAAGGGCAAGUGCAAGAAGGCCUAGCGCGGUGGCCGCGGCGCCAGGCGGGCAGGCAGGGCGGGGCGUGGGGCC